CGCGCAUGCGCGUUGCCACACCCUGUAGACGGCCAUCUUGCUAGAAAAGUUGUCGCCGCUGGCGUAUCGUUGAUACUGUUCUCUAAACACAUUAUUCUGGCCCUGUCCCAGUAGUGGAAGACAGCCUCCACAAUGCCGAAACCGGUGAACGUGCGUGUGACGACGAUGGAUGCGGAGCUGGAGUUUGCUAUCCAGGCCAGCACCACAGGCAAACAGUUAUUUGAUCAAGUUGUGAAAACGAUAGGGCUCAGGGAAAUCUGGUUCUUUGGCCUGCAGUAUACAGAUAACAAAGGCUAUGUUACUUGGUUGAAGCUAAACAAAAAGGUUCUGAGCCAAGAUGUCAAGAAGGAGAACCCACUGCUGUUCAAGUUCCGUGCCAAAUUCUAUCCUGAGGACGUCGCCGACGAGCUGAUACAGGAAAUCACUCUGAGGCUGUUCUACCUGCAAGUGAAGAGCACCAUCCUGACGGACGAGAUUUACUGCCCGCCCGAGACGUCUGUGUUGUUGGCUUCGUAUGCGGUGCAGGCCAAGUAUGGAGACUACAAUACGGAGCUGCACAAGUCUGGCUGCCUUACCAGUGACCGUCUUUUACCGCAGAGGGUAAUGGAUCAGCACAAGUUGUCAAAGGAGCAGUGGGACGAGCGAAUCACCAAUUGGUGGGCAGAGCACAAGGAACUUCCAAGGGAGGAUGCCAUGAUGGAGUACCUCAAGAUUGCGCAGGACCUGGAAAUGUACGGUGUCAAUUACUUUGAGAUCAAGAACAAAAAAGGUACAGAGCUCUGGCUCGGAGUGGAUGCCCUGGGGCUCAACAUCUACGAAAAAGAUGACAAGCUUACUCCCAAGAUCGGCUUUCCCUGGAGCGAAAUCAGGAACAUUUCGUUCAACGACCGAAAGUUUGUCAUCAAGCCCAUCGACAAGAAAGCUCCUGAUUUUGUGUUCUUUGCACCCCGGCUGAGGAUCAACAAGCGCAUCUUGGCGCUCUGCAUGGGGAACCAUGAGCUGUACAUGAGACGUCGCAAGCCAGAUACUAUUGAGGUGCAGCAGAUGAAGGCUCAAGCUCAGGAGGAGAAGCUGGCACGAAAGCAAGAGAGGGAGAAGCUCCGAAAGGAGACUGAGGCCCGUGAAAUGGCAGAGCGCAAGCAGCAGGAGUAUGCCGAGCGCCUUCGGCAGAUGCAGGAGGAGAUGGAGAAGAGGCAGAAGGAGCUCUUGGAAGCCCAGGACACAAUCCGCCGCCUGGAGGAACAGCUACGGCAGGUACAAGCAGCCAAAGAGGAAUUUGAGCGCAAGCAGCGGGAGCUUGAGGAUAUGAUGGUGAAGCUAGAAAAUGACAAGGCUAUGGAAAGCGAGGAGAAGUUGCGCCUUGAGGAGGACAUCCGGGCCAAACAGCAGGAAGUGCAACGCAUGCAAGACGAGGUGAACCAGAAGGAUGAAGAAACCCGACGACUGCAGGAAGAGGUAGAAGAUGCCCGCAGACGCCAGGAAGAGGCGGCGGCAGCGCUGGUAGCAGCCUCCACGACUCCUCAACACCACCAUGUGACAGAGGCUGAGGAUGAAGGGGAGAAUGAUGAGGAAUUAGCGAACGGUGAAAUGGGCGCUGAGCUCACCAACCACGAAAACGAGAACCUUCCACGUCCCGAAGAAGAGCGCUCCACUGCAGUAUCCAAGCAAAAGCACCUGGGUGAUCAACUAGAAAUGCUAAGCAAAGAGCUCUCGGCUAUGAAGGACGACGCCAAGCUGACUCGCAACGACCUCCUGCACCAGGAAAACGUGCGACAGGGCAGGGACAAGUACAAGACACUGCGCGAAAUCCGCAAGGGUAACACCAAGCGCCGUGUCGACCAGUUCGAGAACAUGUAGUCGGCCAGUGUUGCCCCACUUUUCUCAUUGGCCACUGUGGCACUCCUUUUUUUCUCCCCCUUCAUGUCCCUUCCCACUUUUGUAAUGGAAGCAGCAAGGGCUGCCACCCAGUGGCCUUCUGUCAUUGUCCCGUUGUAGCCUGUGAGGAAAGCAUUCCGAGAUUGAGUUCCCACGGCUCACAGUUGUUAUUGUGUUGCGUCCCAAACGUUUUCCAGAUUAGAGCACUAUAGAUAAGGGGAGAGGAAAAUGCAUAACUAAGAAAGCCAAUCAAAAAAAGAAAAUACCCCAGUGCCUGUGACCCGUCAACGUUGAGCGCGAAAGGUGAUGGGCACUAAAUUGUGUGACGUCAUUUCCGAAAAAAGAAAGUUAGGAGGGGAGUCGUCUUGCACGGCCGCCUGUCGAAGUGUAUUUUUGUACGCUGUUGCGAUAGCGCAUUUUUUUCUUGAAUAUAUAUAUAUAAUAGUGCCUUAUAGGAGGGAGCAAAUAUUUAGCUUUUAAUCUCGGAAUCAGGUGCUUUUUCUCUCUCUCUCUCUCUCUCACCGUAUCGCGAGACACUGGUUCAUUACUUACUGUGUUUGUUACAAAGGCUGUUGCAGUUGCGACUUUUUCUAGAGAUGUACGCCACUGUCCACGUUUUCGAAAGAGCAUCGUUUAUCUGGCACUCUUCGUAACACUCUGUUACUGUUUUACAAGGUUUGUACCGAACUGCCUAGCUGCAGGAAAAGAAACUCGAAGUGAUGUGCAUGACGGCUGUAGGAGCUGUUAAUAAAUUAAGCUAUUUUCUCCAUGCCAAAAACAAAAAAUAAACUCCCGUUUUACAA